AUGCCCUUUCACUUGGUUCGAAAUGACUCUCCCAGUACUUCUUUCGGUAUCUUGUUCAAACUUGGUAUGCUUCACGCAAAGCUCGAUUGUCUCAACCAUCACGACUUUAACACACAGCCAUAUCACGAACAUUCUGAUCGUGCCAUUGCCGUUGCACCGUUGUCUCUGCUUACAGCCAAGAAUCAAGUAAUUGACAUCGGCAAAAAGGCAAAGAACAAGCUUUCGGAAAAUGAAAGCUUAUCCAACAUCUUGGACCGCAUCCUGUCUUCAUCGACAUGA